UUGAAUGAUACACCGCCACAAUUACUAAUGGACAAUACGCAAGUAGGAAAUGAUCCACAACAAGGUGGUUUAAUAAAAGGUAUCGGUUUAUAUGGYGAUACUCAAAAGUCACAAAUUCCAUUACAUGAAAGUCCAUUGCCUGUAAGUGCUACAGAUACACAGUUAAAUGAAGAAUUGGAAAAAGCAGUGUCUGAAUCACCAGUUUUUCUAUUGAAUAAAGACAAUGAAGAAAAUUAUUCAUUUAAUUCAUUGGAAGAUUUAGUAUUUGACGAAUCACUAGAGAAUGGACUAUCUAAAUACGCUAAAUCAGAUAUUGGGAGCACAGAAAAUCUUAAAAUUGCGAAUCAAGACAAAGCUAAAAUAUCUGUGUUMGCCAAUCCUAAUGAUAUUCAUACCCUUMAAAUAUCUCCUAUACAKCCACCAACUAGUGAUAACAAUUAUUCAAAAACUAAUUAUUUAUUAAAUUCGCCUCCAGCUUAUGUACCAUGGUAUAAACCCUCAUUUCCAAAUACAGUUAAUUAUAUUCAACAACCUGAUUUGAAUGCCAAUAAUCAACUUUUAAGUUCAUUAUUAAAUGCUCAUCAAUAUCCGUUAUUUUAUAGUCAAAUUCCAAUGUAUCCGCCAAUUAAAAAUUAUUAUAAUCAACAAGACGCUUAUUCUGCUGUUGUUCAAAAUCAGAUUACACCUGAUAUACAUUUGCCUGGUUUUUCCCGAAAUUCCAAUCAACCAAGUUUUAAGGAUAAUACUGGAAGUAUUUACAAGAAAGUAGAUUUAAGGAACCCUCCUAAAGAUAGUUCUAAUUCGUGGUCAUUAUUAAAUAAAGAUUACACAAGAAAUUCAAACCAAGAUAAUGGAUUUACAAGUUAUGAUGGUAAAACACGUACAAGUACCAUCGGAACGCCAUUGACAUUUUACCAAAAUAAUAUUCAGGAAAUUUCAAGUUUAUCUUCAAACGAUAUGUUUGUACAAAAUAUGAUGCCCAUGAAUUCACUUUAUGUACCGUUGGCUGGAACUAAAGAAAUAUUUGACGUUACACGCGCGAAUUUCCCACGUGCUCCAUUGAGUCAUAUUAUUCGUUUAACAAAUUCUAUCGUACAAUCCGUGAUGCGCAGUCUUCAGCAGACUUUGAAUACAGUUAUGAACWCUUCAUACGGUUAUCGUUCUAAACGAGAUGUCAAUCCUUAUGAGGCAUUACAUAAUUUACCAGGUGCUCUGAUUGACAAAUACUCCCAGAAAUCUACCAUUACCCCGACAUCAAAAUAUUAUAAGAAUAAACCAUAUUAUACGCAACCGGAUUCAACAGGCAAACAGCUGAUAGAAUAUGAUGCAAGUCAACCAAUCGAAAGUACGCUACAGCAACAGCAACGGCAGAUGUACUACGGUGGCGUAACCAACAUGAAUUACUACGGAGCACGAGAUAAUAAUAACAUGAACAUCUUGCCGCAACCAGUGAACAUUCMAAAUCACGUUUUAAAUUCUAUAGUUGACGCAAUCAUACCUGCAAUACGUUCAAAUAUGCCAUAUCCUUACUUAACCGACACCCCGGAGGUAAAAGAAUAUACCCAACAAGUAAUCGUGACCGUUGGAAAAGUUUUCGAAAAUCAGAUUGAUAACCUACUUUAUGGACGUCCGCCAACAAUGAAUGUAUAAUAAAAAUAAUAAACCAAAUAAAUAAUGUGGUUUUACUUGAA